GAGGUUCGGCGUGACCCCACCGGACACAUGGCCGACCUGUGCGUCUCCCUGGCGGCGGUGGGCGGCGCGGUGCUGCUCAGCGAGGCGCUGCGCCGCGCGGCCGCGCGUCUGGUUCCGGGACCGGGACCGUACUGGACGUACCUGCUGGAGGCGGCGGCCGCCUUCCAGCUCUGCAGCUGCACCCACGAGCUGAAGCUGCUGAGCGAAGCGGCGCCGCCGGGGCUGCCGCUCGGCCUCGCGCUCACCUACGUGGUGACGGCGGUCCACCUGUCCACUUUCCGCGGGGCCGCGUGCAACCCCUGCGCGGCUCUGGAGAGCGUCUGCCGCGGCAGGAGCGGCGUCGGCGCGGCCGCCGUCCUCGUCGCCUGCCAGUUCGCCGCCGCGGUCGCCGCGCGGUUUUUCGCCGCCUCCGUCUGGUCGCUGGGUCUCUCCGACGUCCACGUCCGGCACCGGAGGUUCGGGUUCCGGUGCUUCGACCCCCUCGGAGGGACUCUGCUGGAGGCCGCGGCCGCGGAGCUCGGCUGCGCCUUCGCCGUCCAAGCCGCCGCCAUGCACGCGCACAAGCUGGACGAAAAACUUCGCGUUCACUUCAUCGCCGCCGUCGUCACCGCGCUGGUUUACGCAGGUGGAGGUAUUUCUGGAGCGAUGUUUAACCCCGUCCUGGCCUUCUCCGUCCAGUUCCCCUGCAGCGGCCACAGCUACCUGGAGUACGGCUUCGUGUACUGGCUGGGACCGGCCUUAGGCAUGGCGAGCUGCAUUCUGCUGUUUGAGAAGAUCAUCCCCUUCCUGUCUGGAGAGAGCGCCGUCAGGCCGGACGUCCAGAAGAAGAAGAAGAAGACGCAGUAGAAGAAGAAGAAGAAGAAGAAGAAGAAGAAGAAGCAGCAGCGUCAGUGACGUGGGGCAUAUUCACGUUUGUGUCUUAAGCUUUUUAUUCCAAAAUACCAGCAGACAUUAAUAUCCCUUUUUUAAUUUAACACUACAAAAUAAAGUGCAGGACGACGAGGUCGCUGACCUUAACUUAACCUUAAGGUCGCUGACCUUAACUUAACCUUAA